UCGACAGAGAUGGCAUUGCAUCAGGGUAGGUUGUGCAGCCCAAGGGUGCUGAAGGGUACAAUAACAGUGAUGGCAUUAUGCUUGGCUGGUUACAUACUGGGGCCUCCACUUUACUGGCAUUUGAGCGAGGGUUUGGCCGCUGUUAGUCGCGCUUCCGCUUGCCCUCCCUGCGUUUGCGAUUGCGCUUCUCAAUCCCUUCUCUCCAUUCCCGAAGGAUUAAGAAACACCUCCUUUGCAGAUUGUGGGAAGCAUGACCCAGAGGUGAGUGAAGACAUGGAGAAUAACUUCACGGAGUUGUUGUCAGAGGAAUUGAAGCUACGGGAAGCUGAAGCCUUGGAGAAUCAUCAGCGUGCUGACAUGGCAUUGCUUGAGGCAAAGAAGAUGGCAUCUCAGUAUCAAAAGGAGGCAGACAAGUGCAAUUCAGGGAUGGAGACUUGUGAGGAAGCAAGAGAAAAGGCUGAAGCUGCAUUAUUGGCACAGAGGAAACUGACUGCAACGUGGGAGAUGAGGGCUCGACAGAGAGGGUGGAAAGAAGGCUCUACCAAGUCUCAUGCUCACUCUCAAGGUGUUCAGGCUGUGUAGAAAGGCUCCUUAAGGAAAUGUAUUGGUACACGAACAAUUUUUAUCUGCACUGCACAGUAAUUGGUAGUUACGACGAAGUUCCUAGUAUGGUUUGCACCUCGAAGAGGGGCAUCUUGGGAAAGGGGUUUUCGGGUUUAAGGAAGGGGAUUGGGGGGGACUUGGAAUAGAAGAGAUGGCAGAGCUACCAUGUCCAAAUUGUAUCUAUCUCAAUCUGUUUGGUCGUGUCUAGAUUCAUGAAUCAGAUCCCUUGGCUCGGGGGAUCAGAUGCAUUUGUUAUAGUUACUUGAUAUUGAAACAUCCUUUGGUUCAUUGGCUUUUUUAAGCAA